AUGUACUACCUGAGGAGGCUGAGAUCCUUUAACAUCUGUGGAAAGCUGCUGAGGUUGUUUUACCAGUCUGUUGUCGCCAGCGUCCUCUUACAUGCUGUGGUGUGCUGGGGUGGAAGCAUCUCUAAGACAGACCUUUCUCAGCUGGAGAAGCAAAUCAGGAGGGCCAGCUCAGUGGUUGGCACAAGGCUUGACUCUCUGGCAGCAGUGGCAGAGAGGAGAACCCUACAGAAACUUGAGGAUAUCCUGGACAACACCAGGCACCCUCUGUACAUUGUCAUCAGCAGCCAGGAAAGCAGAUGGUCACUAAACGGAACGCUCAUUGAUCUGGGGAGCGACUACCGGCGUCACAUGUCUGGGGGCAGCCUGAUCAUUAGGAACCUGGACAAGGACCAAGACAGCGGGAUGUACCAGUGCACGGCUUUCAACACGCUGGGCUCCAUCCUGAGCCGCAGAGCCAGCAUCCAUUUCGCAUAUCUUGACAGCUUCAAAACGCAGUCGGUGAGGAGUGCAGUGAACGUCCGUGAGGGCCAAGGAGUGGUUCUUUUAUGUGGAGCUCCCCCACAUUCUGGAGAGCUGAUAUUUGCGUGGAUCUUCAAUGAAUACCCGUACUCUGUCCAACAAGACAGCCGAAGAUUCAUCUCCCAAGAGACCGGGAGCCUGUAUAUAGCCAAAGUGGAGCCCUCUGAUGUGGGCAACUACACUUGUGUGGUGAACAACACAGUCACAAAGCAGAAAGUUCUCAGCUCCCCAACACCACUGGUCCUCAGGAGUGAUGGUGUAAUGGGUGAGUAUGAGCCCAAAAUAGAAGUUCAUUUUCCAGAUUCAGUUCCAGCUGCAAAAGAAUCCGUGGUCAAAUUGGAAUGUUUUGCUCUGGGAAACCCUGUCCCAGAAAUAAGCUGGAGGAGACCAAGUGGUGUCCCUUUCCCCAGCAAAGUUAAAAUGAAGAAUUCGAAUGCUGUCCUUGAAAUCCCUAAUUUUCAGCAGGAAGAUGCGGGGAUGUAUGAAUGUAUCGCAGAGAACCGGAGAGGCAAAAACGCUGCUCGAGGUCGGAUUUCUUACCAUGGUAAGACAGAAGUCAAAAAAAUAUUCUUCAAAGCAGUCCUUUUGUUUCUCUAAAUG